UAUUUAAUUAUAUAUUCUCGAUGUGUGUAAAAUACACAUAUGUACAAGCGGUUUUUAAAAAGAAAUCGUUGCUUUAAAAACGAUGAUAAUAAGGCAGCUACAAUAUACUCGGCCUCUAUAUAGCCCUGCUCUCAAGCUACCACAUAUCUAUAAUCCUAAUUUAUUUAUUGGCACAUAAUAAAAUUUUUUAUCAAAAAGACUGAACUGAUAUUAAUCGAAAGUGAUUCAGGGCCCCCCGGAGGAUACGUCUAUGGGUUAACCCAACCUUCACGACAUCAUGGCGUCCGAUUAUAAUGCAGUAUAAUCCAAAGCGCGUGGAUAAUCGAGCCGUUCGCUGAUCGAGUUCGUCUCGCGCGGAAUCGCGAGUGCAAGAGUGUGUAUACCGUUCGCGUUCGGUAUCGAACUCCUGGUGAACUGAAUCCCGCUAGAGUGUCUUACAAGCCCGCUAAAGCGAUAACCUAAUUUAUACAUAUCCAUAUAUAAUCGCUCCGUUGCAUCGCGAUUUGCAACGUUACGGUAGAGCAUCGUCGUAGCCAUCUUUUUUUCGCGGAUAUAUAACGCCGUCGUUGGCAACGAACUUUUGCGACUGACCAAGUUUUUCAACUGACCGGGCGAUUAUAUAUAUAAUUUGUUACAUAUAUAUAUAUAUAUACACACAGUCAUAGCAAUAGUCAUUAUAUAUCGCUUCCGCGGCUUGUGUAUUCGUGAAAUGAGCCGUGACAGCGAUCGAGAGGCGACCUCGUGAAGUCGCUAUAGGGAUCGCCGUGGCAAGUUCGACUCAAUCGAUACUAGGUCCAGGUAUGCGCCGGGACGGCCCGAGACGCAUAAAUGCGCCCGGAAUCAGAACGCGGAGCAGCUGAACUUUCAAGGCCGGUCUGGCAUCAAUACAUAUAUAUUGCACAUUUAUUUUCUAUUUAUUUUGUGACUGCUUAGAGAGAAAGAGAGAGAGAGAGAGAGAAAGAUGAGAGCGUUCGAAAGCGCAGGCUGGCCUACGAGCGGGGAAGACGUAGUAAUGGAUUUGUUUAUAUUUUUUGUAUUUGCCGAUGAUCCCGUCGACGGUUGUUUCACUGGACGGUACCAGUUGGAGUAUACAACAGCAACCGCAAGCCCAAUUGUUGGUGAUCGCGCAACAGCAGCAGCAGCAACAGCAACGUCAACUGCAGCGAAAUCAGAUCGUCUCGUCGAAUCAGGCAUCGUCGUCGGGAGGUGACCUGCAACAGCCACAGUGCCACAAAAUGACCGAUCAACGAGAGCAGCAGCAGCAGCAGCAGCCGCAAUCUCAAGCUCAGCAACAACAGCAGCAGCAGCAGCAGCACCACCAAACCAAAAGCCAUGAAGAACCGCGAACGAAUCUGAUCAUCAAUUACCUUCCGCAAAACAUGAACGAGAAGGAGCUGUACAGUCUGUUUGUGACGAUCGGUCCGGUCGAGUCCUGUCGAGUCAUGAAGGAUUACAAGACUGGUUACAGUUACGGCUUUGGUUUUGUGAAUUAUGCAAAAGCUGAGGAUGCCGCGACGGCGAUAAGCACAUUAAACGGGCUUCAAGUGCAAAAUAAACGUUUGAAAGUGUCUUUCGCUCGUCCUUCUGGAGAAGAAAUUAAGGAAACUAAUCUUUACGUUACGAAUUUACCAAGAAAUAUAACGGAAAGUCAGAUCGACGAAAUUUUCAGCAAAUUCGGCAAUAUUGUGCAGAAAAAUAUAUUGAAGGAUAAACUCACCGGUUUACCGAGAGGGGUAGCGUUUGUGAGAUUCGAUAAAAGGGAGGAAGCUCAGGAGGCUAUUGCACAACUUCACGGUACAAUACCGGAGGGUGGAUCGGAGCCACUUAGCGUAAAAAUCGCGGAGGAACACGGGAAACAAAAGGCGGCGUAUUACGCGGGCUGGCAAGCCGGAUACAAUCAAAGCCGCGGAACGAGCGGAGUCGGGGUCGGCGGGGGACGUGCCCGCAGCAUCGGAGGCCCGCCAGGGAUGGGUGUCAGCGGCGGUGGCGGUAGCGGUCCAGGGAUGCUGGGCCGGGCGGGCGGAUUCGGGCCGCGCAGCGGACCCCACGGCGGCUUCCUCGGCGGGGGUGGCAGUGGUGGCGGCGGCCCGGGUGUUAUGCGAAUGGAGAAGAUACACCCGCAUCGGUUCAAUCCGAUUGGCAUGGGUGGUGGCGGCGGCGGCGGUGGCGGCUACGUGCAGUCGCACUUCUGGUGACCGUCGCGACAUCGGGACGAUGACGGCGACGACGACGAGGACGACGAGGACAUCCGUGGCGGCAUCACGACGCCGAUCACUGGCUGAAGUCGUCCUUCUCGUUCGAAAUAAAUCCACGGGAAUUACCGUUUAUAACGAAAACUGUUGAGAACUGGGGAAAGAGGAGGUAGGUCGAGUAAAACCGGGUUGGGCCAGUUAAAUCAAGUACCUAUUUAUCUACGUGAUGGCGCACGAGAAGGUAAUUCGAUGUUAAUAUCAAUGUUAAUAACAGUUUUUUCAUCAAUACUCAAAGAGUCAAAUAUUUUACGCUCUACAUUUGAGCAAUUAUAUUAUUGUAUCAUUUAUUUUAGCAUGUUGGAUAUUGCAUAAUAUUUCCUGUUUCAAGGAUUGAUAAUAAAUUUAGUUUUUACAUUAUUAUUAAUAUAACAAUAAAAUUGUUAUUAGCAAUACACUAAGAUCGAGCUACUUCUUUGCGAGACAUUCUAUAUUUUCGUGAUAAUUGGAAAAUGAUUGAAUGAUGAUAGUUUUAUUAAAUUUCGGACAGGGUACUAUACGCUUUUGAUUUAUUCGUUUUUAAAACGUUAAACUUAUCGCAGUGACAAGCAAGAACUCGAAUUAAAGAUUUUUCCCGGUUUUAUUCUAUUUCUACCUCGUGCAAUCGUGUAGCUUGAGAGAAAGAGGAAUCUAUAUUGUGUUUAGCGUAUCUAGCGCUAACAAUAAGAAUAAUUAAAGUUUUUCCAAUUACGACAAUAUCGAUGAUUUAAAUUUCAAUGUGAAUCUAUUCCGAAACGUACAGUUGACAUUGCUCGCUAAUUAUAUGAAACAUGAUAAAUUCUCCAAGUUAAUAUUUGAUUUUGUAAUAUUAAAAUCAUUAUAGAAUAUUAAUAUUGUAAUAUUAAAUCAUUAUAUUCUAAGUUCGUAAUAAUAUAAAUUAUUCUAAUUUACAUUAUACGCGUUACUCUCUCUUUCUCUCUCUCUCUCUCUCUCUCUCUAGUUUCACGAUCGUUCGAAUGUUGAUUUAUGUAAAAGUAGGUCGUUCCAAUUUGUCAGGAUGUUCGGCUUAUAUAUUACUAUAUAAUAAGAUAAGCGUUUUAAACAUCAAUUCUCCGGUAAGCUUACGAUCCUGAAGGAUCCUAACGAGUUCCGGCAAAUCGCGUUGUGCAGAAAAACUAUAAGAAUUUUACGUAUUGUUGUAAAUUUCAUUUUUUUUUAAUGGUUCUAACUUGAAACUUUACGAGACGUUUCAUCAUAAGAAUGUUUUAUCAUAAAUCAGGGGGAUUUCUGGAGGACAAUUUCCCGUUCGACGCGGCUGUGGAUAUCAGUGGCAUUCUGCGGCGAACGAAAAUUUGUACAUUUGUGAGAUACGUUUUUCUUUCUUUUUUUUUAUAAGAUAGACGCACCUCUCGAUUACAUAAAGUCCUUUCAGGAAAAUCCAAUACCUGUAAGUGAAUUAUUAUAUGCCUAAUGUGACAUAUAUAUAUAUAUAUACAUAUAUACACAUACAUAUAUUAUAUAUAUAUGUAUGUAUGUAUAUAUAUGUAUAUAUAUAUAUGUAUAUAUAGACUUGCUAUAUAAAAAGGAUGGAAGGUAAAUGCCAAACUUGAAGUUUCGAAACGUACUCCAUUUGACUAAAUAAAAAAUAUAUUUAUAAUAUUAUAGUGUGAAUAAAAAAAAUAUGACAACUUAAAAUUUUUAUUAUAAAAAUGUUAUUUUUAUUUGAAAAUUAUAAUAUAAAUUUUGACAAUCAAAUUCCCAGAUCUCCAUUUUAAUAUUAAUUAUAUAUUUUAAUGUUAAUAUUAGUCUAUUUUAGGUAUUGGAUCUUCUAAAGAUAGACAUACAUCGCGACCUAUGAUCGAAUUCCCAAUCGCUUCAGUUUGUCACUAGACGAAGAAUACGCGAUUCGAACGUGCCGUAGUUAAUUUAGAUUAAGCGAAUUUUAAGCACGUGUCGCGCGCGGAAGAACAGGGUGAAUGUAAUUUAUUUUAAUAUUUGAGAGCAGUAUUAGAGCGAGAUCGCGUAUUCUUUCGCAAUUCUGUAGACGAACUUUCGACACACGUCGCAUGGUGUAUUUUAUUUCAUUCAAUCCUCCAGUGACGUUUUACGUGAUUCGUAAAUAUAGUUGCUGAAGAGAGGAGAAGGAGAGAGUGAGAAAAAAUAUUUUAAAAUAUUUAUGUAAAGCCGUAAAAAUAAUUUGGAAUAAACAUCAUUAGCAACUAUAUAUUAGCUUUUGUUAAUUGAUCGUAUAUUUAUAUCUCUCAAUUUCUAUUAAUUAUUUCUAAUUAAUUUUGAUAUUUAUAUAGUAAAACAUAUGUUCUCGGAUUUGAUAUGAAAAUUUUGUACGUGCAUGUACUUAAGAUCUGAUUGAUGAGCGUAGAAAAUUAAUACAAGUGUAUCUCGAGGAGCGUUUGAUUUUUUUUUAACAAUUGAUCACCAUCGCCGUCAUUCUCGUCAGUGAUGUACAUAGACGUGUAGGAAGACUCGACACUAACGCGACCUUAUAGACAAUGAGACUGAUUUUUUAUAGAGGACAAAUUUUAAGCAAGUACAUACGUUGUAUACGUUGGAGUCGCG